AUGUCAAAAAUAGAUUUUAAAGAUAAAGUAGUUAUUAUUACUGGUGCAGGAGGUGGUUUAGGUAAAUUUUAUUCAUUAGAAUUUGCAAAAAGAGGUGCAAAAGUUGUUGUUAAUGAUUUAGGUGGAGCAUUAAGUGGUGAAGGAGGAAAUUCAAAAGCAGCAGAUGUUGUUGUUGAUGAAAUUAAAAAAAAUGGUGGUAUUGCUGUAGCAGAUUAUAAUAAUGUUUUAGAUGGUGCAAAAAUUGUUGAUACAGCAGUUAAAAAUUUUGGUACUGUUCAUGUUAUAAUAAAUAAUGCAGGUAUAUUAAGAGAUGCAAGUAUUAAAAAAAUGACUGAAAAAGAUUUUAAAUUAGUUUUAGAUGUUCAUUUAAAUGGUGCUUUUGCUGUUACAAAAGCUGCUUGGCCAUAUUUUCAAAAACAAAAUUAUGGUAGAAUUGUAAAUACUUCUUCACCAGCUGGUCUUUAUGGUAAUUUUGGUCAAACUAAUUAUUCAGCUGCUAAAAGUGGUAUGAUUGGAUUUGCUGAAACUUUAGCAAAAGAAGGUGAAAGAUAUAAUAUUAAAGCAAAUACUAUUGCUCCUUUAGCAAGAUCAAGAAUGACUGAAUCAAUUUUACCACCACCAGUUUUAGAAAAAUUAGGUGCUGAAAAAGUUGCUCCAUUAGUUUUAUAUUUAUCUUCUUCAGAAAAUGAAUUAUCUGGUCAAACUUUUGAAGUUGCUGCUGGAUUUUAUGGUCAAAUUAGAUGGGAAAGAUCUGGUGGUAUAAUUGUUAAACCAGAUGAAACUUUUACUGCUGAAUUAGUUGCUAAAAGAUUUAAUGAAAUUUUAGAUUUUGAUGAUUCUAAAAAACCAGAAUUAUUAAAAAAUCAACAUCCAUUUAUGUUAAAUGAUUAUACUUCAUUAACUAAAGCUGCAAGAGAAUUACCAUCAAAUGAUUUAUCUGGUGCUCCAAAAGUUUCAUUAAAAGAUAAAGUUGUUUUAAUUACUGGUGCAGGUGCUGGUUUAGGUAAAGAAUAUGCUAAAUGGUUUGCUAAAUAUGGUGCAAAAGUUGUUGUUAAUGAUUUUAAAGAUGCUACUAAAACUGUUGAUGAAAUUAAAGCUGCAGGAGGUCAAGCUCAUGCUGAUCAACAUAAUGUUGCAACUGAAGCUGAUGCAAUUAUUGAAAAUGUAUUACAAGCUUAUGGUACUAUUGAUAUUUUAGUUAAUAAUGCAGGAAUUUUAAGAGAUAGAUCAUUUGCUAAAAUGACAAAAGAUGAAUGGGAUCAAGUUCAAGCUGUUCAUUUAUUAGGAACAUUUAAUUUAUGUAGAUUAGCUUUCCCAAUUAUGACUGAAAAGAAAUUUGGUAGAAUUGUUAAUAUUACUUCAACUUCAGGAAUUUAUGGUAAUUUUGGUCAAGCUAAUUAUGCUUCUGCAAAAUCAGCUAUUUUAGGUUUAUCAAAAACUUUAGCUAUUGAAGGUGCAAGAAAUAAUGUUAAAGUUAAUAUUGUUGCUCCUCAUGCUGAAACUGCAAUGACUUUAACUAUUUUCAGAGAAGAAGAUAAAAACUUAUAUCAUGCUGAUCAAGUUGCUCCAUUAUUAGUUUUCUUAGGUUCUGAAGAAGUUCCAGUAACUGGUGAAACCUUUGAAAUCGGUGGUGGUUGGAUUGGUAACACUAGAUGGCAAAGAGCCAAAGGUGCUGUUUCUCAUGAUGCUGAAACUACUGUUGAAUUUAUUAAAGAUCAUUUAGAAGAUAUUAUUGAUUUUUCAAAAGAUACUGAAAAUCCAAAAUCAACUACUGAAUCAUCAAUGGCUAUCUUAUCUGCUGUUGGUGGAGAUGAUGACGACGAAGAUGAAGAAGAAGAAGAUGAAGGUGAUGAAGAAGAUGAAGAAGAAGAACCAGAAGAAGAAGAUGAUCCAGUUUGGAAAUUCAAUGAUAGAGAUGUUAUAUUAUAUAAUAUUGCAUUAGGAGCAACAACAAAACAAUUACAAUAUGUUUAUGAAAAUGAUUCAGAUUUCCAAGUUAUUCCAACUUUUGGUCAUUUAAUUACUUUCAACUCAGGAAAAUCACAAAAUUCAUUUGCAAAAUAUUUAAGAAAUUUUAAUCCAAUGUUUUUAUUACAUGGUGAACAUUAUAUUAAAGUUCAUAAAUGGCCACCACCAACUGAAGGUGAAAUUAAAACUUCUUUCCAACCUUUACAAACUACUCAAAAGGGUACUAAUGUUGUUAUUGUUCAUGGAUCAAAUUCAGUUGAUAAUAAAACUGGUGAAACUAUUUAUUCAAAUGAAGCAACUUAUUUUAUUAGAAAUUGUCAAGCUGAUAAUAAAACUUAUGGAGAUAGAAGAUCAUUUGCAACAAAUCCAUGGGUUGCACCAAAAAGAGAACCAGAUUAUGAAGUUGAUGUUAAAGUUGGAGAAGAUUUAGCUGCAUUAUAUAGAUUAACUGGUGAUAGAAAUCCUUUACAUAUUGAUCCAAAUUUUGCAAAAGGAGCAAAAUUCCCAAAACCAAUUUUACAUGGUAUGUGUACUUAUGGAUUAUCAGCAAAAGCUUUAAUUGAUAAAUUUGGUAUGUUUGAUGAAAUUAAAGCAAGAUUUACAGGAGUUGUUUAUCCAGGUGAAACUUUAAGAGUUUUAGCUUGGAAAGAAGGUGAAAAUGUUAUUUUCCAAACUCAUGUUAAAGAAAGAGGUACAGUUGCAAUUAAUAAUGCUGCUAUAAAAUUAAUUGGUGAUAAACCAAAUUUAUAA